AUGACCAGCACUGUGUGGUGCGCGCCGAUUGGCCGGGCCAAUCGCUGCGGUCCGUUGAUGUUGUUUUCAAAAAUGCGCAACGUGUGAGGUAGCCGCCGCCGCCGUAGCCCAUUGUCCACGUACGCAUAGCACAUUUCUGCGAGUGUCCGUGCACCUGUCCCGAUCGUUUUCGUAGUCAGUGGUUAGGUUAGGAAACGCGCUCGACCAGUCUGCCGUCGAAGAUUCGUCAAGACAUCGCUCUGUGUACCUACGCCGUGCUGCCGCCGAACAAAUCUGAACGAUGAGAGCACCAACGAAGCAAUUGUUGUGCGCUCUGUUCUGCCUGUCCGCCGCCACCCUAGUCGUCAACGCGGAAAUAUACUACGAAGAGAACUUCGACGACGAUUCGUGGGAAAACGAAUGGACGUACUCGGAACACGCUGGCAUCGAGUUCGGCAAGUUCGUCCGCAGCUCGGGCGCUUUCUACAACGACUUUGAGGUCGACAAGGGUAUACAGACGACACAAGACGCUCGGUUCUACGCGUUGUCCCGGAAGUUCACUCCGUUCAGCAACGAGGGAAAAAACCUCGUCAUUCAGUACACCGUCAAACACGAACAGCACAUCGAUUGCGGCGGUGGAUACAUCAAGCUGUUCAACUGCGACUUGGAACCCAAGCAAAUGCACGGCGAAACCCCAUACGAGAUCAUGUUCGGACCUGACAUUUGUGGUACCGAAACAAAAUUAGUACAUGUUAUCUUUAGCUACAAUGGCAAGAAUCUGGUGAUGAAUAAAGAAAUUCGUUGUUUAGAUGAUAUCUACACUCACAUGUACACUCUUAUUGUUAAACCUAAUAAUACCUACGAGGUUUUGAUUGACAAUGAGAAGAUACAGUCUGGAGAGUUAGAAGCUGACUGGAAUUUUUUACCACCCAAAAAAAUCAAGAAUCCUGAAGUUAAAAAACCUGAAGAUUGGGACGAUAGAAAAACUAUUGAUGACCCUAAUGAUGAGAAACCAGAAGAUUGGGAUAAGCCAAAACUUGUUUCUGAUCCAGCUGCGAUCAAACCAAACGAUUGGGAUGAUGAAAUGGAUGGUAUAUGGGAACCACCAAUGAUUGAUAAUCCAGAUUACAAGGGCGAAUGGAAACCAAAACAAAUUGAAAACCCUAAUUAUAAGGGAGUUUGGAUACAUCCAGAAAUAGACAACCCAGAAUACAAAUCUGAUGAUAAACUAUAUCUGAGAAAAGAAAUUUGUGCUGUUGGCUUUGAUUUAUGGCAAGUAAAAUCUGGAACAAUUUUCAACAAUAUUUUGAUCACGGAUGAUAUUGAACUUGCUAAAGAAAAAGCUGAGGCUAUCUGGGACCCAAGAUAUGAGGGCGAAAAUAAAAUGAAGGAAGCUUUAGAUGUAGAAGAAAGGAUAAAAAAAGGAUUGGAUAUCGAGACAGCAGAGGACAUUGAAUUCGUAAAAGAUAAUAAAGAGGAUGAAGAUGAAGAAGAUGAUGAAGAAUUUGAUAAAGUCCAUGAUGAACUCUAAAAAAUACUAUGUAGUAUAUCAUUAUUUAAGAUGAUGUAUGAUAAUAGUUUUACUGAAUAAUUUAAUUUUAAUUUUAUCUUUCAGGACUGCCACAUAUUGUUUUCCGUUAGUCACUUAUUCAUACAUAUUAUUGUUUUUUUAGUGUGGUAUACAAUUAAUAUUAUUUUUGUUCCCUAAUCAUUUUCCUUCUUUCUUUUCAUUAACUUAUAAUCAAAAAUUUAAGCUAAGUAAAAUAGUUA